AUGAUAAAGAAAAGGAUAGAGGUAAUAGUGAAGGUUGUCGCCAUAUUAUAUCUAAUAUAUUUAUUUUGUAAUUCAUUUUCGUUGCCGAAAUAUAAAUCGAAAACAGAGUUUCAAACCAAUAGCUUGGAAACGACUAGAGACUUGGAACUCCAUACAAACUGGCUUAAAUAUGGGUUCAAUUUUCAUUCUAACGUAAGGGCUAAUUUACCAGAGCGUGCUACAUUGAGACAGCAAUUAUCAUUUCAAUUUCCAUAUGAACCAACGAAACCAUUCCAGAAGAAUAUUUGGCAAACAUGGAAGGUACCCAUUGAACAUCCAAAUUUUCCUAAGAAAUAUAAAAAGUACCAAGCUACAUGGGAUGAUAAGAACCCAGGGUACAAGCAUUAUGUGAUCCCAGACGAAUCAUGUGAACAGUUAAUUAAUCAAUUAUAUGCCACAGUUCCAGACGUUGCUAGGGCUUAUAAUAUUAUGCCCAAAAGUAUCUUGAAGGCGGAUUUCUUCAGAUAUUUGAUUUUAUAUGCGAAAGGAGGAUUAUAUACGGAUAUUGAUACCGUUAGUAUCAAACCAAUAGAUACUUGGGUAUCCAUGAAUGAAACUGUUAACGGCUUACCAAAUAUGGCAGGAUUAGUAGUUGGUAUAGAGGCAGAUCCCGAUAGAGAAGAUUGGGCUGAUUGGUAUGCGAGAAGAAUACAGUUCUGUCAGUGGACCAUUCAGGCAAAGAGAGGUCAUCCGAUGUUAAGAGAAUUGAUUUCUCGAAUCACGGAAAUUACAUUAACAAGAGAAAAGAAUGGCCAAUUAAAGAAAAUUCUUGGUAAGGAUGCUGGUGGAGAUAUAAUGAACUGGACUGGUCCCGGUAUAUGGACAGACGUAGUUUUCGAAUACAUGAACAACAUCUCACAAUUGCCAGAUAAUUUCAAAACAAGGAAAUAUGACGAUAUAAUCAAUGUAUCUGUUUUCACCGGUAUGACAGUUCCAGUGACAGUUCAGGAUGUGCUAGUAUUGCCUAUCACUUCCUUCAGUCCAGAUGUUGGACAGAUGGGUGCCAAGGACACAUCCCACCCAUUGGCCUAUGCUAAACAUAUGUUUCUGGGUAGUUGGAAGCCCGAUGAUGAAAGAAUCUAA